AUCAGCAUGGUAGCAAAGUCGUGAAAGUAUAUCAAUAAAUUGACGAAAUAGUGCGCAUUUUACAGUCUAAUUUCCCUAGAAUAAAUACACUUCUAAAGUUGACGAACAUAUAUGUAAAGUUUGCUGCAUCAUGCCCAAGGAACAGUUCCGAGAAGCUGAUGUUAUCAAAAAGAUCUCGCAUGUUUCGUUCGGUAUUGACAGCGCUGAGCUAAUACAGCAAGAAGCUCAUCUGCACGUAGUGGCAAAAAAUCUGUACAACCAAGAUGCCAAUCGAACACCGGUAUCCUAUGGGGUGCUGGAUCGACGGAUGGGCGUAAGCCAGAAGGAUGCAACAUGUGAAACCUGCAAAAAAGGAUUGAACGAUUGUGUAGGGCACUUUGGAUAUAUUGAUCUCGCACUGCCAGUGUUUCAUGUGGGUCACUUCCGCGCUACUAUCACGAUUCUUCAAUCUAUCUGUAAGGUUUGCUCCCGGGUUAUGCUCAAGGAAGAGGAAAAGAAACAGUUUAGCGCCCGGCUAAUGAAUCCAAAUUUGUCAUAUUUGGCGAAAAAAUCAAUUCACAGUCAGGUGUUGAAGAAAGCUAAGAAAAAUACUAAAUGCCCGUACUGCAACUGCUUGAACGGGCCGGUUAAAAAGGGGACAGGACUUAUGAAAAUCGUUCAUGAACCUUUCCGAGGCAAGAAAGCUACGGAUCCGUUGGUGACAAAUGCAUUGGACGAAAUGUUAACCGCCAUCGAAGGAAAUCGUGAGCUGUCGCAGACCGUUGGACCGUCAUCGUUGAUAAAAGAGCUAAACCCGGUUGAAGUUUUGGAUUUGUUUAAGAACAUUCCCAAAAGCGACAUUCCGCUGCUAGGAAUGACUUCGAGGGAAUCGAAUCCCGCCGAUUUGAUCGUAACGCGUGUAUUUGUUCCACCGGUUUGCAUCCGACCCUCGGUGGUAUCGGAAGUCAAGGCAGGCACCACGGAAGACGAUUUAACGAUGAAACAAAGUGAGAUUCUGCUGAUUAAUGAUAUGAUUACCAAGCACAGGCUGACCGGUGGAAAAAUUGAAUCUAUUCAGGAAAGUUGGGACUAUUUGCAGCUGCACUGUGCGUUGUAUUUUAACAGCGAGAUGUCCGGUAUUCCACUUUCUCUGAUGCCCAAAAAACCAACCCGUGGAAUUGUGCAGCGUCUGAAGGGAAAACAAGGUCGGUUCCGCGGUAAUUUGUCCGGCAAGCGUGUUGAUUUCUCUGCGCGUACUGUAAUUUCACCGGAUCCCAACCUUAUGAUUCAUCAGGUGGGAGUACCGGAUCGUGUUGCUAAAAUUUUAACGUUCCCAGAAAGAGUCAACAGCGCUAACAUCAAUAAAAUGCGUCAACUCAUAAAACAUGGCACCGAAAAACAUCCCGGAGCAAAUUACGUUCAGCAGAAAGGCAGCGCAUUCAAGAAGUACCUAGCGUACGGUAAUCGUGACAAGGUGGCACAGGAUCUGAAGUGUGGUGACAUUGUCGAGCGGCAUUUGAUGGACGGCGAUGUUGUACUGUUCAAUCGACAGCCAAGUCUGCACAAGCUCAGUAUCAUGUGUCACGUGGCGAAAGUUCAACCUCAGCGGACGUUCCGAUUUAACGAGUGCGUCUGUACGCCGUAUAAUGCCGAUUUUGACGGUGAUGAAAUGAAUCUUCAUCUUCCGCAGACAGAAGAAGCCCGCGCCGAGGCCUUGGUUCUUAUGGGGAAUAAAUCCAACCUGGUGACACCACGAAAUGGAGAGUUGCUGAUUGCUGCUACGCAGGAUUUCAUUACUGGUGGUUAUCUGCUAACACAGAAAGACCAGUUCCUUACUCGGGAACAGGUUAUGCAACUGGCUGCCUGCAUGCUGUCCGGACCUGAUGCCAAUAUGCAAAUUGACUUACCAAAACCGGCCAUAAUUAAACCAAGAAAAAUGUGGACAGGCAAGCAAAUUUUUAGUUUGAUACUGAAACCGAACAGACAAUGCAUGGUAAAUGCCAAUCUCUCGACGAAGGGUCGUAAUUAUACCAGCAACAAAGAUAUGUGCAUCAAGGAUUCGUGGGUUGUUAUCCGUAACUCCGAGCUGAUGUGCGGCGCAAUGGAUAAGGGCACGAUGGGAUCUGGUACAAAAAGCUGUAUUUUUUACGUGAUACUGAGAGAUUUCGGUGAAGACUGGGCAAUCCGGUCGAUGUGGCGAUUGGCUCGCAUGGCGUCCUAUUUUAUGAUGAAUCAUGGUUUUUCGUUUGGAAUCGGAGACGUAACCCCUAGCCGAAAGCUGCUCGAGGAGAAGCAAGCCUUGCUGGAAAAUGGCUACAGACGGUGCGAUGAGUACAUUACCGAAAUGAAGAAGGGAACCCUCCAAUGCCAGCCAGGUUGCACGGCAGAGCAAACACUGGAAGCAGUGAUGCUGAAAGAACUGUCCAGCAUUCGAGAGCUGGCGGCUAAGGCUUGCUUCCGCGAGCUACAUCCGACUAACAGUGCCCUCAUUAUGGCCCAAUCGGGUUCGAAGGGUUCUAAUAUUAAUAUUUCUCAGAUGAUUGCCUGUGUCGGACAGCAGGCUAUCAACGGUAAACGGGUGCCGAACGGGUUCGAGGAUCGGGCGCUGCCACAUUUUGAAAAAUUCUCCAAAAUCCCCGCGGCACGUGGUUUCGUGCAGAACAGUUUCUACUCCGGGCUGACGCCAACGGAGUUUUUCUUCCACACGAUGGCCGGUCGCGAGGGGCUGGUCGAUACGGCUGUAAAGACGGCCGAAACUGGCUACCUGCAGCGACGGCUGGUGAAAUGCUUGGAAGAUCUGGUAGUCCAGUACGACGGCACGGUGCGCAAUGCCAUCGGCGAAGUGGUGGAGUUUACCUACGGCGGCGAUGGGCUGGAUCCGGCUUUUAUGGAGGUUAAGAAUAAGCCGGUUGAUUUCGAACGGCAGUUUAUGCACGUUAGGAAUGUGUAUCCGUGUCGCAGUGAGAAACCGCUGGCUGGAGCUGAGGUGCUCGCCUCCGGCGAGGAAAUUCUCAAGAUGCCCGAGUUCGAUGGGUGUCGUGCGGAUUUCAGAAAGGAAAGCUUGGAAUAUUUGGAAAAGUUUGGUGCCCGAUUAAGUCAAAUUCAAAGUCGGUAUAAAAACCGCUUCAAGGUAGCUCAGGAAAUUGAAAGAACCACCAAAGGUCAGAUCGAAACGCUUCUGCUGCAAGUACGUGACAAGUAUAAUAAGGCCAUCACUGAACCUGGCACCGCUGUUGGAGCGCUGGCCGCUCAGAGUAUUGGAGAGCCGGGAACGCAAAUGACGCUCAAAACUUUCCACUUUGCCGGUGUGGCAUCGAUGAACAUUACGCAGGGCGUUCCGCGUAUCGUGGAAAUCAUCAAUGCCACCAAAGCCAUUUCGACGCCUAUCAUCACUGCGGAGAUUGAGAACAAGAUGAGCAUGGAGUUUGCUCGAAAGGUUAAGGCACGGAUCGAGAAAACCACGCUGGGAGAGAUUUCUUCGUACAUCGAAGAGGCUUACAAGGCUGACGAUUGUUUUCUGCUAAUUAAGUUGGAUUUGGAUAGAAUUCGAGUGCUGGGAUUGGAAGUUAAUGCUGAGACUAUCAGAUACUCAAUCUGCACAUCAAAGCUGAAGCUUAAGCAAGACAACGUGGAAGUUUACGGUCCGUCGCUUAUCGUUAUCCGACCGGAUCCGGCGAAACACAGUCACGCCCUGAAUGCAGAGUUGCAGCGACUGCUCACCGCGAUUCCGAACGUGGUCGUUGCUGGACUGCCUCAAGUUUCCCGAGCCGUUAUUGCCGUGGACGAUUCACGUGGUCCCCCUACGUACAAACUAUGCGUAGAAGGGUACGGACUGCGGGACGUAAUGGCCACGUACGGAGUUGUGGGAGCGAAAACCAAGAGUAACAACAUACUGGAGGUUUAUCUCACGUUGGGCAUCGAAGCUGCCCGGACUACGAUCAUGAACGAAAUUACCGACGUAAUGGAAGGACACGGAAUGAGUGUGGAUCAUAGGCACAUUAUGCUGUUGGCCAGUCAAAUGACAUCACGAGGGGAAGUGCUCGGCAUUACCCGCCAUGGGUUGGCAAAAAUGCGCGAAUCCGUUUUCAAUUUAGCUUCUUUCGAAAAAACUGCUGAUCACCUGUUUGAUGCUGCCUAUUACGGGCAAACGGAUUCCAUAGAUGGAGUGUCGGAAAGAAUUAUCCUUGGAAUGCCGGCUUCCAUCGGGACGGGUUUGUUUAAGUUGAUUCACAAUCACAAGGAUACCAAGCUGGAGAAAGUUGUGGAACCAAUUUUUAAUGUAACGUGACGAAAACCUCGACUUUUUUUAUGAUAAGAGAAUUAUUUAUUAAAAUAUUGUUCCCGUAGUUUGAAACAAAAACGAAAAUGAGUGAGAGAAGUUGAAAUAA